ACUAAAAAUACAAAGAGAAGCACAUGUUAUUACACGAUAGGUGAAAAAGCUACAAACAAUACAUUCUCACAGGAAUAGCACAUCAUCAGAUUCUGAUACUGAGCAAAAAAGGAAGAAAAAUAUUUUAUCUUCUAGUAGAGACACUUCAAAAUCUAUCUCAGAAAAAAAGAACAGAAAAUCAAGCAGUUCAAGCUCAAGUUCUUCUGAGGAUGAAGGUCUAGACCAAGUGAAAAAGUUGGAGCAACAGCGUCUUAAGUUGAAAGAGCAACGGAAGUAUGAAAAAGAACAUAUGAAAGCUCUAGAAACACCAGAACAGAAAAGGCUACGACGUCUUGCAAAAAAGGAAGCUAAAGAAAGAAAAAGAAAAGAACAAAUGGGCUGGGAUGAAGAAUAUAUGGGUUAUACAAACACAGAUAAUCCAUUUGGUGAUGCCACUCUUCUGAAGACCUUUGUGUGGAGUAAAAAGUUGGAGAAAGAAGGCUUAAAGAAACUUACUUCUGAAGAGAUUGAAUUUAGAAAUAAAAUAAAGCUAGAUGAAAGCAAGAGAGAGCUUGAGAAAGUGAAACAGAGGAGGCUUGAAAGGGAACGUGAGCGUGAAGCUCGAGAGGAUGAAAUGACAAAGCUUCAAAGAGAGAAAGAAGCUGCUCAGUUUAAAGAAUGGGAAAAACAAGAAGACAUAUUCCAUCUACAGCAAGCUAAACUACGUUCAAAGAUUAGAAUUCACGAUGGUCGAGCAAAACCCAUUGAUCUUCUAGCCAGAUAUAUAAGUGCUGAAGAGGAAGAUUUCACUGUUGAGAUGCAUGAACCAUAUGUGUAUUUAAAUGGGUUAAAGUUAGGAGACUUAGAGGAUCUGCAGGAAGACAUAAAAGUUUACAUGGAAUUAGAAAAUGGGAAAAAUCUUGAUUACUGGCGAGAUCUACAAAUUAUUGUGGAAGAGGAGCUGCAUAACUUGAGACGCAUAAAUUCUUCAAGACAAGAUCAAAUCAGAGAGAGGAGAGAAGGAAUAAACACUGCAGUCAGCUCUGAUGUUGUCAGUGUUUUCAAGGGAAAAACGCCCAACCAACUACAAGCACUUUACAAUCAAAUUGAAAGUAAAAUCCGUAGUGGUGAAGAAGGGGUUGAUAUAGGAUAUUGGGAAACACUGUUAUCUCGACUAAAGGCUUUCAUGGCUAGAGCGAGGUUGAGAGAACGCCAUCAAGAUAAUCUCAGAAAAAAGCUUUUCCAACUGAAGCAGGAGCAAGGGGUAGAGAGUGGGCCUCUCUUUCCGUGCAUAGACACGAACAUUCCAAGUGAACCAUCCACGUCACAACAACAACCUCAGACUCUUCCUCAAGAAUGUCCACCAGGUGGAGAAACACAAAAUCUAGUUAUAGAUGAAGAGAAAACUUCUGAAGAAGAGCCAGCUGAGACACAAACAGAGGAAGUAGAUCCAAUAAAACAAAGUGAAGAAGAUUACAGAAUUGGGUGUUACAGCCCUCAGUACAUCAGUCUGUCUAGUCUAGAACCUGGAACACUUCUAACAAAUCCAGAAGAAGACAUGACCCGCCUGAUUUUUGCUCGACGACAGUUGAUAGGAACAGGUUCAUAUGAGGAUGUCCUAACUUUUGAAGAAAAAGCUUUUGAACGAGAAGCUAGAAAAGGAAUGGAUGGAGAAGAGGCCGUAUUCAGUGUAGAGUCUCCACUGGAUAAAAUAUACCUAUGGUCUGAUAAAUAUCGGCCACGUAAACCCCGCUAUUUCAAUAGGGUUCAUACGGGUUUUGAAUGGAAUAAAUACAAUCAAACUCACUAUGAUAUGGACAACCCACCACCAAAAAUUGUGCAAGGAUACAAGUUCAAUGUAAGUGACUUCCUGAUUUAUACUUGAGUUUACAAAAACUGUUUCAUAACUCAUUCUUUCAAAACAGAAAACAUGGUUUAAACAUUAAUAACAGCUGACAUUUCAAUUUCAACUGGUGAUAUAUUUUUUCUGAAUUGGUCAUAGCUAACAAAGGGAGUAGUGUAU